UGGAACGAUGAGAAGUGUGAGGAGGAGAGAGGCUGGGUUUGCUACAAGAAGAAAGACAGCCAACUUCCGGCCCCACCCGCCACGAGCAGUCCCUGCCCCUCCAACUACGUCACUUGGUACAAGAACUGCUACAGGCUGGUGUCAGAGCCGAAGACGUGGGAGGAGGCGGAGGCGGCGUGUGUGAAGGAGGGAGGACACCUGGCCAGCGUGGACAUGAGCUACGACCAGGCCUUCAUCUCCGGGGCCAUCCAGCAAGGCAACACAGACGCCUGGAUCGGCCUCAGGCGCAAGGCGGACGGUGACACCUACCAGUGGUCAGAUGGCUGGCCGGUGUUCUACACACACUGGGGUCCGGGGGAGCCCACCAACCACAAAGGAGAGGGCUGCGUCAGCAUGCACGGCCGGUCACACUUCAUCCAGGGAACAUGGAACGACACGGCCUGCGAAGUGACCAAGCCGUACCUCUGCAAGAUCACAUUCGAAAGUCCUCCGGUGACCCCAGCUCCGGGUGAAGGGACCUGUCCUAUGGGCUUUUGGCAUUAUGGGCGUUAUUGCUACUUUGUGCAUAAUGGAAAGCAGGGCUUCUCCUGGCCAGAGGCGCGGCACUACUGCCUGCUGGUCAAAGGCGCUGACCUGGCUUCUGUGCACAGCCGAGCUGAGGUGGAGUUCAUCAGGAACAUCAACUACACCAAAUACCACAACGUGUGGCUCGGACUCACCAGGGACGCCUCAUACGGAUGGGGCUGGACAGACCUGAGUGCGUUGGCCUUCACAAAUUGGGCCCCUGGUGAGCCGAACGAGGCCUUCCACGACGUGGGCCAGGAGAACUGUGUGGAGAUGUAUGAGGACGGAACGUGGAACGACAACAACUGCUUCCAGAAGAGAGGCUUCGCCUGCAAAGUCCACCAGCAUUCUACAGGAGGAGGCGAUCACACUCGCCCGACGUCUGACCCGGUGGCCGAGCAUGCGUCGGUGGUGGCUGGUGCAGUAAUCGGGGCGAUUCUGCUGGUGGCGCUGCUUUUGGGGGUUCUGUAUUACGUCUUCCGUGUGAAAGGAGUCAAACUGAGCGCUGCUGGUCUCUCUGGGAGAGACACCAAACACGUAGACGUGCCUGCUUUCAACAACCCGAACUUUGCAGGGGAGUCGGACACAUGAAGAGGCAAACGAAGCUGCACAGCUUGUACAGAUUCAGCGUUUAUGCUAAAGUAAAAAAGCUUAGAGGAAAUUCUGAGCAAUAAUCGUCAAAAUUCAUUCAAAUUUGUCUUUUUGUAAGUAACUGUAAUUAACAGUAAAGCUAUGAAGUCCUAGUGGUGAAUGAUGUAGCCAAUACAUUGAAUUGUUUCCUGUACAUACAUUUUUAUCCUGAAAUGCUGAAUUAAAGCUGAAUUAAAAGUU